UGUCAGAGUUUGAACAGAGAGACCUCUGCUGCAGAUUUGUCCUCAGCCGACUGGACAGCUUUGAGAAAGUUCUCAAGACAAGGAUGGAGACCAACACUACCCCUUUCUAUCACAACAACACAAAUGGAUUUGGAAAUUACUCAGACGAGUAUGCUCAACUGAGAAAGUCUCUCAACAUCAUGUCUGUCAUUGUUUACUGCCUCGCCUUCGUUCUUGGUGUGCUCGGGAAUGGAGUGGUUAUCUGGGUGACCGGGUUCAAGAUGAAGAAAACAGUAAAUAUAGUUUGGUUCCUCAACCUUGCUGUGGCCGACUUCCUCUUCACAGCAUUCCUCCCCCUGACAGUGACAUAUACAGCCAUGGGUUUCCACUGGCCUUUCGGCAACUUCAUGUGCAGAAUUAAUUCCACUAUAACCUAUCUGAACAUGUUUGCCAGUGUCUACAUCCUGGUGGUGAUCAGUGUGGACAGAUGUGUGUCUGUGGUGUGGCCUGUCUGGGCCCAGAACCACAGAAAUAUACGCAAGGCGUCUUAUGUGAGUCUAGGUGUUUGGGUACUGGGUCUGAUUCUCAGCGCUCCAUACUUUGUCUUCAGGGAUACUUUUACGUAUAGUGAUGACACCACCCGCUGCUUCACCAACUUUGCUCUUUCUGAUGAUUCUGAAACAGGACAGUUUCGUUAUCAGGCCAUGGCAAUCACCUACUUCCUCCUGGGAUUUGUUGUCCCCUUCACUGUCAUUGUCUCCUGUUACGCUGUGAUAAUCCAUCGUCUCAGGAGGAACCGCACCCUGGCCAGCCAGUCGAGUCGCCCCUUUAAGAUCAUCGCUGCUGUUAUCACCACUUUUUUCCUGUGCUGGGCUCCUUUUCACAUCAUGCGUCUAAUAGAGUUGGAUCAUCACACGCGUUCUAAAACAUUUGGCCAUGUCCUCUCUAUUGGUCUGCCUAUAACCACCAGCUUGGCCUUUCUCAACAGUUGUCUGAACCCACUGCUGUAUGUCUUCAUGGGCCAAGAUUUUAAGGAUAAAGCCCGCAAAUCCAUCCUGAAUGUAUUGAAGACUGCCUUCCAGGAAGAGGAGACACACUCUCACACUGACACAAAGACAGCAGACACCUGUCAGACCAAUGACAAGUCAGCUCUUAGCACUGCGGUGUAAGGCUAUCCAAGACAAGAAGAGACAAAUACUGAAACUUUACAUAGAAAAUCAAAUAAAGUUGUUUUUUUUCUUUUGCUUUUAAUGCCUUUUUUGUGAAUUUUGCUGUAUUCUUGGCUAAGUGAUCAGGUCUAUCAAAGAGUGCUGCCUUUUAACUACAUCAUCAGUAUUUACACAAUUUGAUGCAACAGACUGAUGGUAAUAUUGUACAAUAAGAUGUGAUGCCUUUUAUGUGAUAAACUUUUGCUGAACAAGGUUGUAGUGGGAUGUUUUCUAUAAUACAGCACAAAUGUCUACAUGAGAUUGACACUGUCCUGUCGUUGACUCUCUUGGACUCUCCAGGACUCACAGCAGUGUCUUGAAUCUGCACCAUAACAGAGCUCAAAGGGGUGAAAUGCAAUAAAAUGCAAUAUCCUGGAAAAAAUAACCCAGCGAUUAUUUCAAAAUACACAUUUCUUUAUGAUUAUAUUUUUGCAAAACCACAAAAAGGGAACUUUGUGUUGUUAUGUUCUCAUCUUUCACAUGCACUGCAGAUUUUGAUGACCAUGUCCUUGCCUUUAUGUGACAGCAAAGAAAACACAGUUACAAUACAAGUAUGAGUUGUUUAUUGGUCAUUAUUUCUUUUAAUAUCUUGAUUAUUAAAAUGCUGGUUCAUCACCUAAAUAACAAAGUAAUAAGGGUAUUUUGACAAAAACAAAGUCAUGCCUCAUUCUGCACAAUAUAGUAUGCUGUGAACAAAUGUAUGACAGAGAUUUUAUGGAAUAUUAAAUCUACAGUGUAAUAGUGUUGUGUAACCGCUGCACAAAAAGGCUUAUUGAAAGUUCAUUUCCCAACUUCCCCCUCACAGCCUAUUCAAUCCAAUGAUGCCGUUAUGUGUGACAAUGACAGAAUUGGGUACAUGACAGUCUGUGUGUGUGUGUGUGUGUGUGUGUGUGUGUGUGUGUGUGUGUGUGUGUCAACACCACAGAAUCUAACUCAGCUGACUUUCUACUGCAUGCUUUGCUAAACAUGCUAUUAUGUGCUGUAAUCUGAGAAUUUCAAUAAUUUCCCCAUUGUUUAUUUGGCUGGUAAUUUUUGACCGAAAGACAUUGAAAUAAAAGCUCAAUCAGCUGUGAAAAUUGUCGCAGGUUAAUUAUCUUUGAAUUAAUUCAUCACACACACAUAACAUAACACUUAUGUACUGUGUGACUUUGCUAUUGUCAUGGUUUGCCAUGGCAGCCACUUCCUGUUUUAUUUUGUAGUUGGUUUCCUUGUGUGUCUCAGUGUUACUUCCUGUCUUGGUCCUGUUUCUGUUUGGUGAUGUCUCCCCCGCCCUAAUGUGUUUCACCUGUGUUCAAUCACCUUUGCCUCCCUUGUGUCUAUAUAGUCUCUGUGCUCCCCUUUGUCUGUGUCGGUUCAUCUGUUCAUGUUGCCUGUUCAUGUCUCCUGUUGUCAUCCCCUGUGGU